AUGGCGUAUCAGCGCGCCGAUCCUACUCCCUUCAUCCCACUCAACAUGCAGCUCCAAGAGGUGCCCAACCGAGAGUUCAUGACUCGUGCUAUCACGCCAAUCACGCCGCCGGCGAACAAUGAGGACCUUGCCAUUGCCGUCUUUGACCCCCUUCCGGGUAACGAUCUUCAGUUUGCUGCUGUUCGCGCGGUCCUUAGAGAUUUUUUGCGUAAUGAGGUGCAUAUUGCCUUUCGGGAUAUCCAACCCACUCACUUGGGUCAGGCUCUGGUUAAGUUCACCCAUGUGUAUGAUAGGGAUACGCUGGUGUUAGAUAUCCCCCACUUCUUCGGUAAUGUCAGUGUUUCUUUUGUCAAGCAUAAUGAAGGUAGAAACUAUCGUAGGCUUCAGUUCAAUCAGCACUAUUGGCUGCUUCUGCUCGGAUUCCCCAAUGAUUAUCGCACUGAAAGACACAUUCAGAAUGCUUUGGGCAAAUUUGCAAAGGUUUUACUCUGGGAAGAGAGUGAAGGGCCCCCUCAAGAAGAUCCAAUCCCUAAAGAUGUUAACUUUGAGAACGGUAUGCCUUUUGAUUUCUUUGGGCUGGGUCAGCCAGUCUUUGGAAAUCAAGGAGAAGAAGACCAGAAUCAAUUAGAUGGGCUGUUUGGCCAGAAUGGGCAGAAUCAACGGCAAGGACAGCAGCAGGAACAAGAACUGAAUGUCUGGGAUUCCUGGCCAGCAGAGCUCCAGCCUAUGCAGAUUGAUUUAGCUCCUCCUCUAGGCCAGAACCUGAAUGAGCUGCCUGUUCCUGAAAACCAAGACCUAGAUCUUAGUCAGCCAGCUCUAGACAUGGACCUGCAUCCAGUAAUUCUGAACCCAGAAGCACCCCUGAAUGGAGACCUUUUUUAUCUCAAUGAUCCUCAGGUGAACAUGAUGGAGCAUCAUUUGCUUCAGCUUGAAAAUAAGGAACAACUUCAAAUCCCCCCAGCUAUUCCUCAGUCUCCCAUUGAUUAUCUGGGUGACGAAAUUCCAAUGGACCAAUUAGUUGGAGAAGAGGGGUUCCCUGAGGAAUCUGUGGAACUUAAUGUUGAGGAACCACCAGUGGCUGCUCAAAUGGCAUUGCAGCCUCAGGCUGAUGAAGCAGUCCCACAUGCAGAUGGGCCUGCUCUUCGUGAAGAAGAUGAACUGCUUCAACCUCAAGUUGCUGACAAUUUCAACAACAAUCUCCAUGUUGGGAUGGCUCUGAUAAGCAGUCAUCAUGCUGAUCCAUUUGGGCCAGAGCAAAGCAAGCUGAGGCAACCAGGCUUUGGGCCAGAUUAUUCUCCUCAGUUCUCCAUACCUGCUAAAUGCCCUGAACAUAACCUGAAAUGUUUGACAGAGUCUGAUGAUGAGGGCUCCUCCAAGGGAAAGGAGUUAAAGGACACUGAAGCUGCUCAGUCCAGCACAAGGAAAAUAUCUUCAAAAAAUUCUCCUGUCUUGGUUGAAACCCAGUCAAAACGCCUGACGACGACCCUCGUUCUCCUGCUUGCCGCCGUGCUUUUCUCCGUCGGCGCGCCGUCGUGGGAGGCACACGAAGGCACGCCCGGCCUCCACCCGAUCGUACUGCUCCCGGGCUACUCCUGCAGCCAGUUGGAGGCGCGGCUCACCGACGAGUACAAGCCUCCGACGCCGGGCUGCGGCGUGCCGAAACAGGGGCGCCGCUGGUUCCGGCUGUGGGAGAACUACACGGCGCUACAGGAGGACCCCGCGCUCCUGCCGUGCUACGAGGACCAGCUCCGGCUCGUGUACGACCGCGCCGCCGGUGACUACCGCAAUUUGCCCGGCGUGGAGACCCGCGUCGUGUCCUUCUGCUCCACCCGCAGCUUCCGCUUCGACGAUCCCGCCCUAAAGUGUACAUAUAGCCGGGGUGGCAUGCAGCCAACCACACAGUGUGAAAAACUUGCAAAACACUAUAAAGGCUCGUGGAGGCACUCGAAGGCGUCGGAUACAGAGAGGGAGCGAACCUGUUCGGCGCCACGUACGACUUCCGCUACGCGCCGGCCGCGCCCGGCGUGGCGUCCAGGGGCGUUCGCCGACUUCCGCUGGAGCCUGAGGCUCCUGGUGGAGCACGCGAGCGUGACGAACGGGAACAGGCCGGUCAUCCUCGUGACCCACAGUCCUCAACCGGAGCCCCCUGCCGUGGCGCAGCAGGUCCUCUCCUCCAGCGCGGCCAGCCCGCCAGUGACCCUGCGGAGCAGGGUGAUGUUGUUCGGGAACAGGAGCUUCGCGAGCACGAUCUCCCUCCUGCCGUCCCCGAAGGUGUACGGCGACACGCCCCCGGUGAUCACGCGAGCCAAGAACUACUCUGCCCGGGACAUGCCUGAGUUCCUUGCCGCGGUAGGCUUCUCCGACGACGAGGUAGAGCGGUACCGAACAACGGCGCUGCCGGUGACGCUAAGUUUCAGGGCGCCACUCGUGCCUAUGACGUCUAUCAAUGGCGUUGGUGUGCCGACAAUCGAUAGGCUGCUCUACUGGGAUGGCAACUUCAGCGCGAAGCCUAAGGUGGUGAACGGUGACGGGGAUGGGAUGGUCAGCUUGGACACCGUGCUGGAGCUGGAAACUUUUGUCGGGGAUGACCCGGAUCAACCUUACUUCAAGUCCGUUUUGAUCCCGAACGUGACGCACAACGGUAUGAUCUCAGAUCAUUCUGCGCUCCGCUGCGUGGUUGAAGAAAUUCUGGAAGCAAACCGAGCCAUUUCUUCAUGGAUGGGGGCGGGGGCGGUGUGUGGUGUAUCUCCCCUCCCCCACACCCACCAACUCCCCUAA